AUGUCCCCCAUCGAACAAGUCACCAACGUCUUUGACACCAUCUUGGUGUUGGACUUCGGGUCUCAGUACUCGCAUUUGAUCACUAGAAGAUUAAGAGAGUUCAACGUCUACGCAGAGAUGCUACCUUGCACGCAGAAGAUCUCCGAACUUGGCUGGAAGCCAAAGGGUGUGAUUCUAUCGGGCGGUCCUUACUCCGUGUACGCAGAGGACGCUCCACACGUCGACCAUGACGUGUUCAAGCUCGACGUGCCUAUCCUUGGUAUCUGCUACGGUAUGCAAGAACUAGCCUGGAUCAACGGUAAGCAAGUUGCUCGUGGUGAAAAGCGUGAAUACGGUCCAGCUGAGUUGAACGUCGUCGACACCACCACUCCUUUGUUCAAAGGCGUCGACCACUCCACCGUGUGGAUGUCUCACGGUGACAAGCUUCACGGCUUGCCAACUGGCUUCAAAGUCAUUGCUACCUCUAACAACUCUCCCUUCUGUGGUAUUGCCCACGAAUCCGAGGCGAUCUACGGUAUUCAGUUCCACCCAGAAGUGACUCACUCCACUCAAGGUAAGACUCUCUUGAAGAACUUUGCCGUUGAUAUUUGCAAAGCUUCUCAAAACUGGACCAUGGAAAACUUCAUUGACACUGAGAUCAAGAGAAUCAGAGAGCUUGUUGGUCCUACUGCUGAAGUUAUCGGUGCCGUGUCUGGGGGUGUUGACUCCACUGUCGCUGCCAAGCUUAUGACCGAGGCUAUCGGUGACAGAUUCCACGCUAUUCUGGUCGACAACGGUGUUCUAAGAUUGAACGAGGCCGCCACUGUCAAGAAAACUUUGGGAGACGGUUUAGGUAUCAAUUUAACUGUUGUCGAUGCAUCUGAAGAAUUUUUGACUAAACUAAAGGGUAUCACUGAUCCUGAAAAGAAGAGAAAAAUCAUUGGUAACACUUUCAUUCAUGUUUUUGAAAGAGAAGCUGCCAAGAUUCAACCAAAGGGCGGUGAGGAGAUCGAGUUUCUGCUGCAAGGUACUUUGUACCCAGACGUUAUCGAGUCCAUUUCUUUCAAGGGUCCUUCUCAAACCAUUAAGACUCACCACAAUGUUGGUGGUUUGCUUGAAGACAUGAAGUUGAAACUGAUUGAACCUUUGAGAGAAUUGUUUAAGGAUGAAGUCAGACACCUUGGUGAAUUGUUGGGAAUUCCGCACGACUUGGUUUGGAGACAUCCUUUCCCUGGUCCAGGUAUUGCCAUUCGUGUCUUGGGUGAAGUUACCAAAGAACAAGUCGAAAUUGCAAGAAAGGCUGAUUACAUCUACAUUGAAGAAAUCAAGAAAGCUGGUCUUUACAACAAGAUCUCCCAAGCUUUUGCCUGUUUGUUGCCAGUCAAGUCCGUCGGAGUUAUGGGUGACCAAAGAACUUACGAGCAAGUCAUUGCUUUGAGAGCCAUCGAAACUACCGAUUUCAUGACAGCCGACUGGUUCCCCUUCGAGCACGAUUUCCUAAAGAGAGUAGCCGCCAGAAUUGUCAAUGAGGUCGAUGGUGUCGCUAGAGUCACCUAUGAUAUCACCUCCAAGCCACCUGCAACGGUUGAAUGGGAAUAG